AUGCAUCUUACUCCCAUCCUCAUCACUGCGGCCGCAGCGUCAACAGUCCAUGGCCUUAACUUGGCAGACGUCCGUAGUACUCUUGCUGAGUGUACAGAAAAGCUUCGACGCUCUCUCCCAGACUAUAGCAAUAUCUUCACACGGUCUCCUGCAGAGAUUGAGACGCGUGCUGCUUGUCCAGCUGUCUGGUCAACAAUAGUUGCUGAGAUGCAAGGGAUGUUCAUCAACAAGACUACGACACCUAGUCAAUGUAACGAUGACGCAAGAGCAGCUAUUCGGGCUGCGUUCCAUGAUUGCGGAACCUGGGACACCGCUCAAGGGGCAACGGGUGGCUGUGAUGGCUCCCUUGUCGUCGCCGGCGAAGCAUUCAACCGCCCCGAGAACAACGGCCUCCAAGAUAUCAGCAACAAAAUGCUCGCCUUGCAGGCAAAGUACACCAGCACCGCAACUCCCAUCUCCGUAGCAGAUCUCCUCCAAGUUGCCGCGUCAGUGGCAACAUUGACCUGCCCUGGCGGCCCCAAAGUCCCAACAUUUGUCGGCCGCAAGGACUCUGCUACUCCAAACCCAGACAAGAGACUUCCAGAUUGCCACGGAUCUGGGGAUUCUCUUUUUGCGCUGUUCCAAGCUAAGGGGUUCACGGCAAAUGAACUCGCCGCCCUCCUAGGCGCCCACUCCGCCUCCAGAGCCUUCUCUCAAGUCGACAUCGUCCCCGGCACACCUCAAGACGACACCCCCGGCAUCUGGGACGUGCACUACUACUCCAACACGCUCAAGCCCGUUCCCGGCGUCGCUUCCUUCCAGGGAGACAUCAACCUCGCACAGCACCCCGUCGUUGGCAAAGAGUUCAACGGGUUCGUGAACUCGCAAGGGAAGUGGAAUAGCGCUUAUGCGAAUGCCAUGGCCAAGAUGGCUUUGCUGGGUGUUCCUGGGGGAAAGUCAAAUUUGAUUGAUUGUACGGGGAUUUUGCCCAAGGGGACGUCUGCUAAGAGAGAUAUUAAGGCAGCGCCCAUUAAUGACUGGAUAAGAUAG